AGCCGGGCCUUCGGGGACGGCUCCGCGCUGCUGAAGCAUGAGCUGGCCUACUGCCUGGGCCAGAUGCAGGACGAGGCGGCCAUCCCUGUGCUCAUCCGCGUGCUGGGGGACACCACGCAGGAGCCCAUGGUCAGGCACGAGGCAGGUGAAGCCCUGGGCGCUAUCGGAAAUCCCAGUGUGCUGGAUAUUCUGAAACGCUAUUCGGAGGAUCCCGUGGUUGAGGUGGCAGAGACGUGUCAGCUGGCAGUGAGGAGGCUGGAGUGGCUGCAGGAGAACAAGCAGGAGCUGGGCACUAGCCCCUACCUCUCGGUGGAUCCUGCCCCCCCUGCCGAGGAGACAGACAUCGUCAAACUCCGAGAAACCCUCCUUGAUGAGUCCCGCACACUGUUUGACCGCUAUAGGGCCAUGUUUGCCCUGCGAAACCUGGGGGGUCAGGCUGCAGUGCUGGCGCUGGCAGAUGGUAAGGGCCAGCAGGAGGCUGCCUGCAGGCUCCUCACCGCCCUGGGCUCAAUCGCCCGCCCCUCCUGCCUGGAGACCCUGCGUGCCUUUGCCUGCGAUGAGGAGCGGGUGGUGCGGGAGAGCUGUGAGGUGGCGCUGGACAUGUAUGAGUAUGAGAACGGCACCCAGUUCCAGUACGCCGACGGGCUCGCCAAGCUGCAGGCCUCUACCUGA